UUCAGAAGUGUCAGAGCAAAGAUGAAGCUGAGUUUGUUUCUGAUCAUCCUUGUUGGUCCUUGUUGCUUCAUGACUAACCAGCUUUUCCAGUAUUGCUUCAUCAAUGAAGCGAAGAGUUGGGAUGAAGCUCAGGAAUACUGCAGAGAGAAACACUCUGAUCUGGCUACAGUGAUCAGCAUGGCAGACAUGGAAAGACUCAGUCAGGAUUUAGGACACAAGAAGGCCUGGAUAGGUCUGUACAGAAAAGCUGGAGGCAGCAGAAUGUGGCAAUGGUCUCAGCCUGAAGUGCAGUUCAAUGAAAGCCAGAGUGACUGGGAUGAACAUGAACAUGAACCAAAUGACUCAGGAACAGAGAAUUGUGGGACUGUAAGAAAGACUCUAAAGUGGGCGGACCUGUCCUGCAACAGAACAACACCUUUUAUCUGCUAUGAUGAAAGAAACUCAUCUCACGUUCUUUAUGUUAAAGACAAAAAGAACUGGACUGAUGCUCAGAACUUCUGCAGGAACCGUCACACAGACCUGAUUAGUGGAGCAGAGCAGAUGAAAAAGCUGAAUGUGGUGGAGACAGAGCUGUUAUUCCCAAGUGUUUCCAACAAUGAUUUAAUUUUCAUCGGCUUGUUUAGAGACGCCUGGCAGUGGUCUGAUGGGAGCAGGUCUUCCUUCAGAUUCUGGAAUCUGAACUAUGAUGAUGAGAAAAGCGUCAACAGUUGUGUCAUGCUGAACGAGAAAGGAAGGUGGAAUUCUGAGAAUUGUGAGGAAACACAUGCCUUCGUCUGCCAUGACGAUCAUGUGAUCCUGAUCAAUGAGAGCAGGACCUGGGAGGAGGCCUUAUACUACUGCAGACAUCACUACCAUGACCUGGUCACCAUCACUAACCUGGAUGAUCAGAGAUGGGUUCAGGAGAAAACCAAGAAUGCUACAACUCCUUAUGUGUGGACUGGACUGCGCUACACCUGCACUCUGGGGUUCUGGUUCUGGGUCAGUGACGAGGUGGUCCGCUACAAGAACUGGGCCUCACCUGAACAGGUGAAUGAGUGUGACAUGUCAGGAGCCAUGGAGACAGGAGGAGAACACAAGUGGGUCAAGAAACAUGAUGAGGAGAAGUUCAACUUUUUCUGUUCCACAUCUUAAAGAUAGAAUUUAAAGUUUGUUCUCUAAGAAAUGAGAUGUUUCUUUGUUAAAAUCUGAGAGUUUUG